UUCCUCUUGAAAACAGGAAGUGGUAUUCUCGCAACAACAGCGCAUUGAUUUCCCCCCUACAACAAUAAAAGGCAGGCGAAUUGCAACAUUAAAAAAGACGUCUCAGAAACUCACAUAAACGCCAACAAAUCGCUGUUGGGUUAUUUUUAAAGAAACUCCGCGGUGCAGCCAUGCUGUCGGAUGCAGAUUACUCCGGGAAUGCCUCUGGGGCCCGGAGAGCCAAGAAGAGGAGCUCCGGGGAGUCACCGGGGGACGGCCAGACCCUGCGGUCCUCUGGGAGGCAGAUCAAUGUCCGGGUGAAGCGCACAAACAACCCUCCACCUGGACAGAGCAAAAGAAAAGCGACAGACACAGAGGAGGAAGACGAUCAGUCCGAGAAGAAGUACAGAAAGUGUGAGAAGGCCGGCUGCUCUGCCACAUACCCGGUUUGUUUUGCAAGUGCAUCUGAAAGGUGUGCUAAAAACGGAUACACAUCUCGCUGGUAUCAUCUGUCAUGUGGUGAGCAUUUUUGCAACGAAUGUUUUGAUCACUACUACAGAAGUCACAAAGACGGCUAUGAGGUCUUUGCUUCGUGGAAGAAGGUGUGGACUAGUAACGGGAAAAGUGAGCCCAGUCUGAAAGCUUUCAUGGCAGAUCAGCAGCUCCCAUACUGGGUUCAGUGUACUAAACCGGACUGUAGGAAAUGGCGUCAGCUGACUAAGGAGAUCCAGCUCACUUCUUCCCUCGCUGCCACGUACCGCUGUGGAAUGAAGUUCAACAACAUCAAGAGUGAGGGACCGGACCAGUGCUCCCAGCCAGAGGACUUGAGAGUGGCCGAGGUGACGGACAGCUGGUGGCAUUCGAUGCUGAUUUUGCCGCCAUUGUUCAAAGACAGUCCAGCCAGCCCGUUCCUUGCUGCCUACUACCCCGACUGUGUGGGGAUGAGUCCAUCAGGGUCUCCCAGCAACAUGUCUCUGUCCGAGAUGAGAGCAGAUCACUGCAGAGCUGUCCAGCCACAGAUUCCAGGCCUGUGUCCGUACUUCCAGCCCUUCUACCAGCCUAAUGAAUGUGGCAAAGCUCUGUGCGUUCGGCCGGAUAUGAUGGAGCUGGAUGAACUUUACGAGUUUCCAGAAUUUUCUCGAGAUCCCACCAUGUAUCUGGCUUUGCGAAACCUUAUUCUGGCCUCCUGGCACAAGAAUUGCAAGGAGGUGCUGACUUCUCAGAAAUGUGCCCUGCACAUCAUUGUGCGGGGGUUGGUGCGUGUGCGCUGCGUGCAGGAGAUGGAUCGUGUGCUGCAGUUCAUGACCAGGAAGGGCCUCAUCAACACCGGUGUGCUGGCAGUAAAGCGCCCUCUGCUGCCUGAGCGACACUGCUCUAAGAACGUUAUCAUCAUCGGUGCCGGGGCUUCAGGGCUGGCUGCUGCGCGGCAGCUGCAAAACUUUGGCACUCAGGUGGUGGUGCUGGAGGCAAGGGAGAGAAUUGGAGGUCGUGUGUGGGAUGAUACUUCACUGGGCGUCACUGUAGGCCGAGGAGCUCAAAUUGUGAACGGCUGUGUAAACAACCCCAUCGCCCUGAUGUGUGAACAGAUGGCCGUCAAGAUGCACAAGCUGGGAGAGCGUUGCGACCUCUUUCAGGAGGGCGGGCAGGUCACUGACCCGGCCAUCGACAAGCGCAUGGACUUCCACUUCAACGCCAUCCUGGAUGUGGUGUCAGAAUGGAGGAAGGACAAGUCUCAGAGCCAGGACACACCGCUGAAAGAAAAAGUCCAGGAGGUGAAGAAGAACUUUCUUCAGGAGUCUGGAAUCCAGUUCAGUGAGUUGGAGGAGAAAGUGCUUCAGUUUCAUCUCAGCAACCUCGAGUACGCCUGUGGAAGCACGUUAGACCAGGUAUCGGCAAGGUCCUGGGACCACAAUGAGUUUUUCGCCCAGUUCUCAGGAGACCACACUUUACUCACAAAGGGCUACGCUGCUUUACUCCACAAGCUGGCCGAGGGCCUCAACAUCCGCACAAAGUGCCCGGUUCAGGCUAUUGAUUACUCAGGUGAUGUCGUCAAAGUUACCUCCUCUAACGGGUCCCAGUGGACAGCACAGAAGGUUCUUGUUACAGUCCCUCUGACUUUACUGCAGAAGAACUGCAUUCAGUUCAACCCUCCACUUCCUGAAAGGAAACUGAAAGCAAUCCACAGUCUGGGAGCCGGUAUCAUAGAAAAGAUUGCUCUUCAGUUCCCGUACAGAUUCUGGGACAACAAAAUCCAAGGAGCGGACUACUUUGGUCACAUCCCACCAAGUCCGGACAAAAGGGGCAUGUUCAGUGUCUUUUAUGACAUGGAGCCACAGGGGAAGCAGGCCGUCCUCAUGUCUGUUAUCACUGGUGAUGCUGUACCUGCUGUGCGGGACAUGGAGGACAAGGAGGUGGUGGACGAGUGCAUGAAGGUCCUGCGUGAACUCUUCAAAGAGCAGGAGGUCCCAGAUCCGCUGCACUUCUUUGUCACACAUUGGAGCAAAGACAUGUGGUCCCAGAUGUCCUACAGCUUUGUGAAGACGGGGGGAAGUGGAGAGGCUUAUGAUAUCCUCGCUGAAGACGUGCAGGGAAAAGUGUUCUUUGCUGGAGAGGCCACCAACAGACAUUUCCCUCAGACUGUGACGGGAGCGUACCUGAGUGGGGUCAGAGAGGCCAGCAAGAUGGCUGUUAUGUAAACUCUGUCAGUCCCUGAGCACCUAAAAGCACCAGCACGGACACACGGGUUGCACCGAGCAACAGACCGUUAAAAAAACUUGGACUGUGUAAACCUGAAUCGCUCCACUCUGAAUGAUAUUUAACUGAACUGUGAUGUGUCUGAGCAGCAAGAUGCUGUUAGUCACGUUCCAAAAGCGGGGUCGAGUCGGGCGCUCCGGGGCCUGGCUCUCCAUAUUUAACACGGGAGAAGUGCUUUUUAUUUAUAUCAAAAAUCCAGCCGGUAAAACGUUGUCGAUGCAAAAUGAACAGCAAUGCAUGAAUAAUGGAUAAUCCCUGUGCAGCUCCGCCUGGGUCCGCCGUGCAGGAAAACAGGAUGAUUUGGGUUUCGUGAGUUUGUGUAUGUAGCUUUUCUGUGAUGAAAUAGUCAAAAUAAAGGUUAAUUUUGAAAGAUUAGGGUUGCGUGAAACAUUGGUAAACUCUCAGUCGUCUAAUCUAAUCGUUAAUUAAGUCAAAUUCCAAGGAUCAAGUUUCAAGUGAUUACAUUGUAGUGAUAUUUAAGACUUUGAGAGUUACAGUUGUUUUAUACAGCUGUAUGAAUUUACAUUAUGUGUUUGAGGUGUUGGUACAAAUGGUGCAGAGAAAGGGGAGAAAGGUUAGAUGUAUAGUAGGAGUAUUUCUGUGGUAGCACUUUUGAUUUGAAAACGGAAAAGAAAUGAAUAGUUGAUGUGUAUGACAAGAUGAAUUCUCUGUUGGACUUGAACGUCUUCACAAGAUUGUCCCCACACUGUCUCAGGGAUGUGAUCAAGACACCUAGCAGAAACUGAUCAAAAAUAAUGAUUUCUAUUGGAAAAUGGUUGAAAAGGUUGGAAGAAUGUCAACCAACCAAAGGAGAAAACAAACUCUCCAUAUUUCUCUUUUAUUAGUUCCCAAACGCUGAUGUUUGGGAAGAGCACAACACUGUCCUCACUUUCUGUGAUUAAUGUUGACUAAUGAAGCUUUACAUGUCGGUCCUCAUCUCUCUGUACAUCUAGAUGAUCAUGUCCUGUUUGUCCAGCAUUACAGUGUUUGAGUAUUUAUCUUGUAUGUGUGUAAUAAACUGAGCUAUCAACUGCCA